AUGGACCGUUCCCUUGACCGUCGUCGCUAUAGCGCCCCUACAUCCAACGACGUGGCCGUUGUUUACGUCGGCGAAGACGGUGACGUUCCCGCUCAUCGCGAAUUUGCCGUACGUCCACAUGUCAACGCAGUUCAGAAAAUCUCAGACAUUUUCAAUCUUGCCGAUCCCUCUGCUACCCCUUUUUUUUCCAAGGGCACAUUUUGGCUGGUGCCCGGAUCUGAAGAAGAAAGGUCACGCCAGUCGACGCUCUUGCAUAUCUCAACGGACUACUUCUACUUGCUUCAGCAAAGACAGACUGCCACCUACCGUCUUGACAUGAUUGCGAGAGUUUACAAGUGCAAAUUCGACGCCCUCAUGGAGCUACUUCUCAUACAACACGUUCUCGGUUGCGUCGUAGGUUACGUAUCAGUCUUCGAGUGGCAGAAGCGAGAGUUGCCACACACGCACUCCCUUCUCAUCUUGGACAACGACUCGAAACCUCGCACAGCAGCCGACGUCGAUCGCCUCAUCAGCGCUACCAUUCCGGACCCCGCUGAGGACCCAGUUCUGCACGGAAUUAUUACAACAAUGAUGAUGCACCGACCUUGCGGAAUCCAUAACCCGAUCACCGUGUAUGCGUGA